GGUUUGGGCAUUCGUGGUGGUGGUGCGACCAACAACAGUGAUCUUGGGUUGGAAAUUUGCGAAAUUAUGAAUUCCUCUCUCUCUUGCCCUGGUCCUCCUUUUCACUCAGCCGAGACGUCAGCCACAGCAACGUCCAAUUCCCACUAAUUCCACUUUUCCAACCACUCCCACCCGCUCAAAGUUCGGAAACCUGUCCAACCUCCCACAAAUCAAGGCCUAUUUCAUAUUUUAUUUCUUACGGUGGAGUGAAUCCGAGCAAAACUUGUACAAAAGUGACCUGUGUGUCUCGAAAAAGCGUGGACGGUCAAGUGCCCUCAUUUUACGAUUAGCAAUCAAAAAUCAACCAACCACCCACCCACCCACAUUGGCUGGACUUUUAUUUCUGGGGUUAAAUUGUGAGCAGAUAAUUCUGGGUGGGUGGACUGUCAGGAAUUUGAGGAGAGAAGGAGGAGGAAGGCGGCCUUACAUCAAUAUAAUCAAUUGCUCUGCUUAAUAAAUGCCAUUUUAAAUCAAAAUUAAUUAGUAGUAGGAAUAAUAGUAGUAGUGCUGAUGUUAUAUCACGUUAUUAUUAUGUAUCUUGCCGAUUAUGAUUCUGCGGUUGUGUCCAGUUUGCAAUUUCUGCCUGACUGAAUAAUCCUAGUUGUGUCGUUCGUGAUUAGUGUUAUUUCGUGGGUAUGAUUGUGCGGCAUCAGAAUAAGACUCGUCAUCAGUAUUUCAAGAAUAAUGCAUGUUUCACUAGUUGAGUAUAUUAAACCUAAGUCAUUCAUUUAGUGCCAUUUUAUAAAGAAGAAAAAAAAGAGAAAGUUUUUGCUAUUAUUAAUUAGUUGGGGACACUUUUAUGCAACUCUGCUACUUACUACGGUGAACUACUGAUUGGUUGUGAACGCGUGCAUUAUUAUUGUGAAAACUUCAUUUAUUAGAACUAUAAGAGAAAUGUGGGGGUGGUCAUCGUGUGGAGAGCAGAACUGGUAAUGCCGUUCUCAACCGGCGGAACGGAUUCGAACAACGUAGGCGUCAAAAUGUCAAAGUGCAAAGAAGUCAAACGGUACCUGCCGGCCACCGUUGCGUGGCUGCUUCUUAUCUCGACGACGGCACUAUUUUUUGUCUUCCUGACGGAGUGGUACGUAUCAAACUAUUCGAUAUGGAUUCCUAUUGGGGAGGGAAUCGUAACGGUUGUGGUGGUGGCAAAUUUCACCCUUGCUACCUUUAUGGACCCUGGUAUCAUACCCAAAGCAAAUCGAGGGGAGGAUGAUAACGAUGAUCUCCGAGCACCUUUAUACAAAACUGUGGAAGUGCAUGGCAUUACAGUUCGAAUGAAGUGGUGCGUCACUUGCCAAUUUUACCGUCCUCCAAGAUGCUCGCACUGUAGUGUGUGCAACAAUUGUAUAGAGACUUUUGAUCAUCAUUGCCCUUGGGUCAAUAACUGCAUUGGCCGGCGCAACUACCGUUAUUUCUUUAUGUUUUUAUUAUCCUUAUCAGUUCACAUGAUUACAAUUUUUGGACUUUGCUUUGCGUACAUGUAUCAACAUAUGGACCAAAUGUCCCAAGCAUCUUCGGUAGUAUCAAUUUCUAUCAUGGUGGUGAUUUCGAUUUUGUUCAUACCAAUUUUGGGCUUAACGGGAUUUCACAUCAUCCUUGUUUCUCGUGGCCGGACUACAAAUGAACAAGUCACUGGGAAGUAUCGUGGAGGCUAUAAUCCAUUUUCUCGUGGGUGUUGUUUGAACUGCUGGUUUACGCUCUGUGGUCCUCAUUAUCCUUCACUGGACAAAGCAAAGCGGGCGACUGAAGCAUCAAGUAUUCGAUUUAUUGCAAACGCCAAGAACUCUAAAAAGACGUCACCUGAAACCGGGCCAAUGAUCCCCAACCCCAUGGGUGGUCCUGGGAACCAGGUAAACGUGUACGUCGAUAAUGGAAACUAUUCCCAGAAAUCGUUGUCAGGAAACCUCCCCUCCCUGCAUUCUCCCAGAAAUUAUCGCCAGAUGAUGCCCACGUCCAAUAGAGAUGUAUCCGAUCACGACUUGGGGCUGCAAGCUUCACAAUCAAUAGACUGCGAGCCGACUCCUCCAAUUCAACGGCACGGGUCUAAAAACAAUUUUUUCUUACCCACCACUACCAAUCAGGACGAUAUCGACAUGAACCACGGGAUGGGACAUAUACGUCACUAUCGAGGUUACAUUAACGGAUCUCCACACCCUAAUCGACAGAGGCCUUCAGACGGCAUUGGUAGAUCUUCCCGAAGCCACACCCCUGACUCUUUAUCUUCCCCUAACGGAGAUGGAAUGGGUCUCGGUAAUGGGAAUAUUGGCAGUCCGACCGCCAUGCACCAGAAAUUGCGAGCAAUAGGAGGAAUCCCAACCCCAUUUGCGGCCUCGACGGCCAGCCCAAUCACUCAACAACGCCUCUCAAAUCCACCCACGCCAACUCAACAGCAGCAGCAACAACAAGGAAGGCCAGAGUUUAUAGGCUUAUCACAACAACAACAUGUGGGUGGACCUCCCCUUCAGCAGCAGUACCCUUCACCUCGUCCCAUGCACGGCCCACCCUACUACGACACGUACAACAUGCCCAACGGAGAGCAGAGAAGAAUCCUGUCCGAAGGGGAGCUCAUGUACGAUCGUCAGUACUUGAUGUCACACGACCAGUCCGGUGGCGUCGUUGGUGGUGGACCAAUUCGAGAACUUGCGAGCUCACCACAACGCGGCGUCUACAUGUGGAAGGAUAACUCACCCACUUCAGCUGUGGCCGGCAACUACUUUCACUCCAAUCCUACCUCUCCUAUUCAACACAACUUGGUGAACAAUGGGAACGGAGGAGGCAAUCGUGCAUACAUGCAUCCCACUGGAGGAGUUUCUCACAUGUCGUCAUACAAUCCAAAUCAACAACCCAAAUAUGGUGCUGGUGCUGGAGGAAUGAACCAAGUACCACUUUCUCCAUCGGGUGGAAAGAAGAAAAUGUAUGGAGGGAUGGGGAUUUCAGCUACAGUACCAAACUCGAUUUCCGAUGGGAUCAGACCAAGUCCCAUUUCCCGAAGGCCUAUGAGCUUCGUUCGAGCAUUAGAAAUGACUGAUUCUUUAGAAAUGUCGAAUAGAACGCCAAAUGCAAGUAGGAGCAGUCCAGCAGGGACGCCGAAAGGUCAAGGCCAUAUUAAUGACAUGACGUCGGAAAGGUCCAGUAUUUAUGAUACAAAUUACGAAAUCUCGGUAUAAUCCUCCUCCUGCUCCUCCUAUUCUGAUAGGAUUAUGAUUAUUAUGACCACGCCAUUAUUACUCGAGGUGAAAAAGGAGAAGAAUUAAAAACAAGUAGAAUGACACCAAUAAUACAAAACAUCUCCACCAUGUCCUACCACCUACCUACCUGUUUACUAUUUAUAUAAUUAUCUAAUGGCUUUCUCGGUUGGGGGACAUACGUAUUAGAUAACAUUAUUCUUUUUGGGGAUAUUAUUACUAUAUUGUUGAUUAUUUCUAGUUUUCCCCAGUGUGUGCGUGGCGUGUGAGUGAGUGAGCGAUAGGUGAGGAAGCUCAUCUUCGUGUUUUUAUCUAGAACAGGUCAGACCAGAAACAAGAAGCAUUUAUAUGAGCCUACUAUUACGUGAGGUAGAAGUGCCCUCGUCAUCGUCUUGGGUCGGGUAUUAUGAUACAUUGUGAGAUCAUAACUAAUAAUAUAUGUGGAAAAAAUAUUUUGACGAUGACCACAUUCUGUCGUAUGUGUCAAAAAUCCAGCAGACAUUUAGGAAUUGAUUUCCUAUAUUAAAAAAAAAACUUUUUUAAAAUGUUCAAGAAACCCCCCACAAUUCUUGACUUUUCUCAUACUUACUCAUUAACUGAUGAUGAUUAAGCGUUAACUAUGGACUAUAUAUUACGUGGAAAUAUACUACGACUAUAUAUUUCUCCUUAUUUAUUGCUAAUUUACUACCGUGUGACAAAUAACAUUUUAUUAAUAAAAUAUCAAUUGUUGAUUAAGUUUGGCGAAAAAACAAACAAUAAACUGCUCUGCAUUGAGAGAUAAAUGA